CCCUCUCCCCGCCCCGUGUGCGGCGGGGCCGGGCCGGGCCAGGGGCGGUGCAGAGGGCGGAGCAGAGGGCCCCGCCAUGUCCAAGCACGUGUUUCUGACGGGACCCCCAGGGGUUGGAAAGACUACUUUGAUUCAGAAAGUCACCCAAGCUCUAAAAUCCUCAGGCGUUCCCAUUGAUGGAUUUUACACAGAGGAAGUUAGAGAAGGUGGCAGGAGAACAGGAUUUGAUGUUGUCACUUUGUCUGGAAACCGAGGACCUUUAUCAAGAGUCAGUUCUAAUUCUACUUCAAGAUGUGAAUACCGGGUUGGACAAUAUGCCGUAGACCUUGUUUCCUUUGAGCAGUUGGUUCUACCUAUGCUAAGAAAUGUAAACCAUGGUGGUGAUACAGAGAAAAGAAUUUGUGUCAUUGAUGAGAUUGGUAAAAUGGAACUCUUUAGCCAGGCUUUUAUUCAAGCUGUUCGUCAAACGCUGACUGGCUCAGGGACUGUGGUGCUUGGAACUAUUCCAAUACCUAAGGGAAAGCCACUGGAUCUUGUUGAAGAAAUAAGAAGUAGGAAAGAUGUUAAAGUGUUCAAUGUUAGUAAGGAAAACAGAAACAGCAUUUUGCAAGACAUCUUGGCAGCUGUGGAAUCCUGCAGAAAAUGAAGACCUUUUCUUUCCUGUAAACACUAAAGCUUUUGUUUCAACAAAACAUUACAACAUUUUGCGGAUGUUUUAGAGUCUGUCUUUCCUGCUUUAGCCCCUGGAGGCCUUACUGGAGCCUUCAGGGUAAGCAAGGUAAAGCCGGUAAUAAUCUAAAAUGUGAAAAUGAGAUAGCAGGAUUUGUAUUUAUUCAGUUCACUGAAUUAAAAAAAUUGAACAGACAUGUAUCUAACAUCCAAUUCUAAUCUGGGUGUUUGGAAGUUAGGUGGUCUAACUCUGAUCCAAGUCACCCCACGUAAAAACAAUUAACUGUAAAAUCUGUUUGAGAUCUUAGUCUUCCUCAGUGUGUUUGGACUGCUCUGCCUAGAGAGCAGUUCAGUAUCUGGAACUUGGCCCUGGUGGAACAGAACAGAACCCUGUCCCAAAUGUAUGUGUGUUCUGCCUGAGCAUUUCAGCAUGGGUGCUGACACAUCAUGGGCUAGAAGGAAUAAGCAGAUGGUCUCUCUCCCUCUACUUCCAGACACCCCUCCCUGCAGCUGCAGUAUAAGAAGGGUUAACUGAAGUUUCAAGAAAAUUUCCUGUAGUCUCAAGUGACAUUUACAGAAUUCCACUUUGGGUGUAAAAAUAAUCAACUCUACCUUCUCCUACAUGGCCCAGACAAUAGUUGAUAAGAGGGCUACAUUUUAUUUUCAUUUUUCUGAUGGUAAUCCUGUCCCCUACCCUUAAAAAUUAUAUUUAUGAAUCUUCAAGUCUGUGAAGUUGAGUAAAAUAUUGACGUGUUUUUCAUGCAGGAAAGUCAGGAUUGACUUACUACUGUAUUUGUUUGUAUUUGUUUUCCAAUCUGUUACGUUUGUUGAUACUUCUUACUUGUUUGAGUUUUUUUCCUUAUUCAAUUCUGUACAUGCUUCAUGGCAAAAUAAGAAUUGUUUGAGAGUAUUAAACAAUGUGUUACCCUAUGAGGUGUGCAGAUGUGUUCAGGAACCACUUAUUCAGUUCUGCAUGUUGUGCAAACAGAAUUCCUCCCAGGUGCACACUGUUCAUUGUACAAUUUAUAGUCAUCUCUGGUUGUAGAAAGUUUUUAAGAAUUCAGUUGUUGCUUAACUUUUCCCUGUUCAGUUUGAUAACUUUUAAAAUCAGCAAACUAUUUAAUGCCAUUUUCAGAUACAGUUUUAUUUAUUCAUUUCUACAGGACUGACACCCACAGUUGUAUGGGGCUGGAUGGGGACAGGCAUUUUUGCAGGUGUCCUGCAGACAGCUGGGAGCGUGGAAGGAAUGUCCUUUCUCUUUCCUGUAUUCAGAACAAGGGGGUCUGGUACAAACACUGCCCCUCCCCACAUAGCAGUAGGUAUAUGCCAUGAUAUAGGAUGCCAUGGCCUCAUUCCCUUCUGCCCAAAUCCGGUUGGAUGGUAGUAUCGUUUUCAUCAUGUUUGGGAAGAAGAAAAUUCCUCUUAGCGUCCCACUCCUUUGAGAAUGUACAGCUUCUGGCUCCUUUUUGCAAAAUAAGGUUGUGCCCUGGAGAUAUCGCUAAUCCUUUAGUUACUUCAGGCAUCUUACUCAGACAAAACACCUUUUUAUAGGUGAAGGACUUGGGACCAGUGUAAACCUUUUCAGGGCUGUAUGCCAUAGAUUUUUGAGCAGAAAUCUUAAGUAUUGGAUGUCCUCCUGUUUCAAUGUCAAGUCUCUUAAGCUGUGAAAUAUGCUGCAAAAGAACAGUUCUUUCAAUGAUUAAAUAAAUACCCAAAGUCUGGCAAGGUUUUAGUGGGACUAAUGUUGAGUCUUAAAUGGGGAUUGACCUUUAAAGCUAAAUAAAGUGGAGAGAUUUCACACUUCUCUGUUAGAGGCUGGGGAGGGAAGUUCCUUUAGGGAUGAUGGCAGAAUUGAGUUUUCCAAAUUCUGGUUCAGCCAGUCUUGUUGGAGAUCACUUGAAGUGGUAUUUGUUCCCCAUAAAAUUAGAUAUAUUGCCUUGCAUACAGUGCUAUGGUGCCUACUGUAGUUUCAUCAUAUAAUAGAGUGGGAAAAAAACCCCAAACAAUUAUAACACCAGGUUUGGGAAACCUGACCAGUACUUUUAAGCCGUUGUCUCACAGUGCAAGGAAGACCUUUUGCAGUAAGGUAAGAUUGGUCACUGGAAAAAUGCAAGUGGAUUUUUCCUUCACUGGAACUGUGAGUGAAGUAUCAGCCUUUUUAAACCAAAGCACAUGCUUGCUACUGACAUCAGUGUCUCUUGUUUUCUGCUACCUAUAUCCAGAUUGGUGUGAGUCUUUAUUUCUCUUGGAAAGCACUCUAGUUCAGAGAGAAAAUAGACUUUAAAAAAAAAAAAACCAACACCAAAUUAAAGAGAAAUUUUGUAGUCUCUGUUCAGCAGGAGAUUUUAGAUGACUUUAAUAGUCAUGUCUGGCCUUUAAAUCUGAGGCACUCUUGAAGAUAUGAUUUGCCUGUUUCAAAUAUACUUCGAGUGAGUGAGAAAGUACUACUUCCAACUGAAGGUAAAUUUUUAUGACAACCUGUGUUUACUUUAGAGGUAAAAAUGCAUUUUCUGGUCUUGCACUAGUAAAAUAUUUGGAAGGCCUUGAGAGCACUGUAACAGCAAACAGAGCAUUCACAAUUCCCCUGAUGGGCUGAUUUUACUAAUAGCACACAUUCAGUGAAAAGAACCUCUGAUGUACCAGCUAGAUUCCAGAUGACAACAUUAGUGCACCUGCAGGUUUUAAUUGGUGCAGAAAAGGGGAGAGUGUGAGGUACCAAUUACUUUCUCCAAGCCUGAGAAUCAAGGAUGUUUUUGGCAAGGAGGCUUGUAAUUCCAGCACAAAAUUGCACCCAGCAUGGAAUAAACAGGGCCUGCAUUAUUUAUCAUGCAUUAGGCAAUUUUUGACUUGUAAAACUUUGAGAAGCUGAGAGAGGGGAGUCUUUGACACUGGACCCACUGCAAAGUUAAUUAUAAGUGAUAUGUCUGUGUUGCAGAUUUAAGGAUGUACAAGAACAGUGAAACAUGGUAAUUAAAUACCAGCUCCCAAUUCUGGGAGUAAUCUAAAUAUGGCAGUAAUUGGGUAGUUGAAAAGAAUGCAUUGAUGAGAUGAUGAUUAUUACAUGCUGGAAAAUCUCCCUGGUAAUUUUAAUCUUCUAAAAUGAGCUGCACAAAAUUCAGCUAAUCUUUAACUUAUAUUCUCCAGCAUGAGAAGACCCUGGUGGGCUGGAGACAAAUGCAGAUGACAUUUCUUGCCUUAUUCUAAUAAACAGUUUUUAUAAAAAGCUGUGAAUGGCAUCACAGAGAGUCUUAACUUAAUAGUGUCAGAAUGUCAUUCAUAGAUAUUGAGAGUAUCUGGUCAUCACGCCAAGGUGAAAAGACUCACACUGGUAAGUCCUUUUAGUUGAGAUUUGCCUUAAAUGCAGUGAAUGCCAAGAUUUUCUGCCUAUGGGACUGAGGUGAGACUUUGCAAUGAGAACGUCAGUUCCUGACAGAGAAGUUUUCAUGACAAAAUGGAGGGAACAGCCAGGACCUCUGGCUUUUAUUUUUGGGUGAACAGGAAUGAACUUGGUAGACUAUGGCUAUCACUGGUUCCUGCGUGCUUGCUGUGGUGGGGAACUGCCAGGCUGAAGGCCAGGCGGAGCUUUGGCAGUUUACCUGGUGGAUGUGAACAGUUCAGCAGCCUGUGUUUGGCUUUGGUAAAAAGGUACUGAAAGUCUUCUUACCGGAUCUUCAGGUUAUGUUUCACCCUUAGGAGUGUAGCACCUGGCUUUUACUGUGGGAUGUAAACAAGAGCCUGUUAGAGAACAGAAAGUUUAGAAAAAAAAAAAAAUGGGAGGGAGGUAAGUAUCCCAUGUUUAGUGCAAGGGCUGAAGUACUGUGUUUGUGCUUGUUUUACCAUUAUUAUCCUCCUUCCUGUAACCUGUUAUAUUGUCCGUGUUCCUCUCUGGUUGGGAGGGCCCUGCUAAGCCAGUGUGGAUAAAAUCACUCCCAGUGUUUCUAUUCCACAAUGGUGAUGUUAUCUGAGGUUAAGCUGGAGGGACUGGGCCAGGUACGGCUUCCAUCUCUUCAUCCCUUCUGACAUUUCUAUGAAAGAACUGCAUGUACCAAAUGCUCUUGUGGAUUGAGUACUUGAUGAAGGAUGCAUUCAGUUUGCUAAGGAGAUGGGAAUGUCACUGUUUUCACGUUGUAGAAGCAAGAAUGUUCUGGGCUGGCUGAAUGAACUAGGUGGCCUCUGCAGCUCUGAAUAAAUCAAGCAUAGCACCUGACUCAAAAGACCCUGAUGGAGCUCCUUAGGAAAGGUACUUACGUGUUGGGGGUUGCCCUCCUUCCUGCAUCCCAGCUGUACUAAGAGAUCAGGCAAACUGUUAAGCCUGGGCAACUUCAGGGCCAAAGGUUUAACAGUGUUUGGCAUUGUGAAACCCAUCAGCAGUGUCGCAGAUAACAUAAAAGCAGUGAAAGUUGGCUUUUCAUUCAGAGGCCAAAACUUAACCAACAAGUAGGGUCCUGAGGUGUCCCAGGUGCCUCCAUCUUGCAACUCUGAGGCACCUGGAGUGUGAGGUUAAGUAUCGAGCUGCUUAGGUCUUUCAGGAAUAAAGAUAUGACUCAAAACCUUAACGUAUAUGUAGGCGCUGGUGCUGAGAACAGCAUUCCUAUGGACUCAGUGCCUUUUGGUGCUAUGCACAGCUGUUUGGAGCAGCUCACUGUUGAAAUUAGGCCUUGUGUACAGGUCAUGUUCCUAUUUGUUAGCUUUGUGUGCAGAGUAACUGGGUGUAUCUCUACCUCAUGCAAAAAUGGGGGAGGCCUAAUAUAUGUUUAAUCAAUACAGCCCCAUACCUAGUUGCAGGUUUUAUUUGUAACCAUCAUAACUGAUUAUUCUGUAGGAUUGGCUUAUAUUUAAAACCACUGCAUAUAGCAGUAGGCUUAUUAAUUUAACAGCAGACUGUCUCCAAAAAAUAGGGAGAAAUGCAGUGCGCUCAUUUUAAUUUUUUUUUUUCUGUCUUUGCUAUGCUUGUUAGCAGUCACUCUUGGGUUUUUUCAUCCCACUAUGCUACAGUAACAACUUCGAUGCAAAAAUUAAAACUCUGUAGGACAUGGCUACAAAAAGGGAACUAAUUUUUGGAUCUUGAGUCCUCCGUUGGCACUGCUUGCACGCUGUGCCUCAACAGACGAGUAUGAACCUUCCUUUUCUGGCAGCCACUCUGUGCAGCUGGAGGCUGGACUUCAUGGCACACUGCUGUCCCCAAGGAGCUAUGCUCCAGGGGCUGGUGGCUUGAACUAAGUCAGGAACUGUGAGGUAGCAGCAUUAUUUUAGGAUGCAGUACGAGGACCAUGGAGACAGUAGUCUAGCAGAAGAUGUGGUGCAGGGGGAAAGGUGGUGUCGCUGGGCCUCAGUCCAUGCUAAGCAUAUAGUAGGCUUGCUAUUGAAAAGUAUUUCUGCACCCAUUUCCUGAUCUGGUUUAGUAUGCUUGAGUUGGAUACACAGAAUAAUUUCGGUUGAUUGGGACGAUUUUUGAUGGGAAUUAAUUCAAACUUAACAAUGUGAAAAUUGGAGGCCUAAGUUAGGUUAAGUGAAUAUGGGAAAGUUCUUACUGCUUUCCACAGCCCCCUGUUUGCCCUGUCUCCAUGCAGGAAGCCAAAGCUGUGAUGGUUUGUCCUGUGAACUGCCAUGCAAAAGCCCCCAAGGCAGAAACGGGGCUGGUGGCUGUUAGUAAGACCCUCCACCUACCUGCAUAACCUCCAGCCUUCAUUUGUAAUGAAGCACUUAAUGAACAGGGUGGUGGGACAAGAGUCAUCAUCUGCCAGAACUGGUCAGAAGGGAGCAGCUGAAUUCAAUUUCCUUUUCCACAUCAUAUCUGGAUGCUAGAUGAGAAAGGAAUAGGGCCUGAACUGCACUGAUGACCAGAGGGCAUGGAUACUCUGCUUUUGCCCUUGUGGACAUGGGCAGAAUUUUUCAUAGGUUGUGUUGAGCUUUAUAAAUAAUCAAUUCAUCAAGAUCUAAAGUGAAAUAAAAACAAUAGAUUUCUUAAUUUUGUAAGGCAGAAAGCAAGUGCAAACAAUUUCAAAUGGAAAAGACAACCCAAAAACUGCUGUCACACAAAACGUACUUGAAUCAUUUUAUUUUCACUCGGUGUUACUUAGUUCUACUACUCAGAUCUGAAGUGUGGCACAGUAGGAAGAUCAGAAUGCAACUGAGUAUUGCCUAACAGUAAUGAUACUUAGCUACAGCAUCUCUUGUUAAGUCUCUCUUGUUAAUUGGGACAAGACAGCCUGGCUGCACGUCAUCGUGUUGAGAUUUAGAAACAAUCUAUGGUAGUUACAGUAAAGAGGAACAGCAAGACACUGAUAGCUGCAAUUCUUUUUUAAUUAAAAAAAAAAAAAAAACA